GAAAGCAGCGCGGGGGCGCUGGGAGGCCCGCCCGCCCGGGAGCGCACACACAGGCGCGCACACCCGCGCACACGGUCGCACGCACACACGGAAGUGCACCCCGAGCUGGCUCGCAGCCCGCCGCCGAGGCCGUCUCGGCUCAGUGUGCAACAUGGCGCUGGUGCCUUGCCAGGUGCUGCACGCCGCCAUCCUCCUGUCCUAUUGCUCCAUCCUGUGCAAUUACAAAGCCAUUGACAUGCCUGCGCAUCAAACCUAUGGAGGCAGCUGGAAAUUUCUGACCUUCAUAGACCUGGUUAUCCAGGCUGUCUUCUUUGGGAUCUGCGUCUUGACUGACCUGUCCAGUCUCCUCACUAAAGGAAAUGACAGUCAAGAACAAGAGAGGCAGCUGAAAAAGCUCAUUUCCCUCCGUGACUGGGUGAUGGCUGUUCUAGCUUUCCCUGUUGGAGUGUUCGUUGUGACAAUGUUUUGGAGCAUCUACAUGUAUGACAGGGAGCUGGUUUACCCGAAGGUGCUUGAUAAUUUUAUACCAGCAUGGCUAAAUCAUGGAAUGCAUACAACAGUUUUGCCCUUUGUACUAAUCGAGAUGAGAACAACACAUCAUCAGUAUCCCAGCAGGAGCUGUGGACUGGCUGCAGUGUGCACCUUCACUAUUGGCUAUAUUUUAUGGGUGUUCUGGAUUCACCAUGUUACAGGAGUGUGGGUGUACCCAAUUCUUGAGCACCUCAGCCCAGGUGCCAAAAUAAUCUUUUUUGCAGGUGGUACUGUAAUAAUUAACAUAUUCUACUUGAUUGGGGAGGUCCUGAACAACUACAUCUGGGAUACCCAAAAAUGUAUUGAAGAAAGAAAAGAAAGGCCAAAAUUGGAAUGAAGAAGAGAGGCAACAUGGAGAAUUGUUUAUAGUUCUAUGGAAGAUUUCUCAUCCCUGACAGAGGCUGGCACAGAGAGGAAUCUUUUGGAAAAGAGGAAGUUUAAUGGGUCUUCUGCUCAGUUCAAAGAUAUUUUGGGGUUUUAUAUGGAGGGAAAUGGAUUUUAGCUGAUAAUAAUAACAAUGUUUCAACCUCCAUUCCUAGUUCUUCAUACUUGCAUGUGACAUACACAUAUAAGAUGUAUUUAUCUCCAUGGUGUUCUCAACAUGCAUUCCUUGCAUUAAAUAAGUCAGAAAAUCUUUUCCGCCAAGAAGAACAAUGAGUUCUGUAUUGUUUGAGAAAGGCUUGAACAGGUAGGUCUAAUAUCGGGAAACAAAACAAUCCUAUAAAUUUGAAAGUUCAGUGUAAAAAUAGAGUGGAAGUUAAUUGCAUGAAUGUAUCUGAAGAAGAAUUCGAUCUGACUGAAAUAUUAAUGUAACACUAUGUAACAGCUGCCUUAAGUUGAUAACGUUAAUGAUUUUAUCAGUUCAGUAAAAUCUUAUUUGCAGUGUUAUACUAUCUGAAUAUGGUGCAACUUUUCUUAAACUUAAACAGGCCUAAAUAAAAGAUCAAAUUAUAACUCUG